AUGAGUAGCUGCUUUUCUGCAGACACAGAGUGUCAUGGGAGCGAGCCAAGAGUCCCUGGGGAGCAUGAAAUCAUGAGUUCUACUUUUUUGUCUUGUGUUAAGUUGCUGGAAGUUCUUUGCAGUGGUAGUGACUGCAAACCAGAUUCGGUACAGGAGCUGAUCAGCGUGGCCGCGUUUCACUUCGGUGCCUUCUCUGCAGAACGGACGCUGGACUCAAGAGUUGGACCACAGGAUACGGUGCACAGGGGUGCUGAGAAAUGGCAGCAAGCUGCCUCACAUAAUAAAACGCACCUGAAAAGUGUUUGUCUGCAAUAUCAGCUGCAUCUUCUGAACAGCCAUUUCUUUUCCCUUUUAAAGAAUGAGAUGAGACUAAUCAUCUUCUUCCUAUGUGCUUAUGUACCAAAGACAGCAGCAGGUCAUUGCAAGUGGGCAGAAGUUCUGAAAGAUCUGGAGCAGAUCAAGACAUCCAAAGACAUUGAUGUCAGUUUAUAUACUGCAAACACAGAUGAGGAUACAGAAUGCCAAGAACCUGUAAUGAGAUGCUUUUUCUUAGAGACAAAAGUGAUUCUUCAAGAAUGUUUUAUCAAAAAUUGUAGUAAAACACAGUAUGUAUUGAACAUAUGGAAAAACGGAAAUGCAAGCUUAGAAAAAAACAGGCUGAAUUCCACAUCAUCAGCAAAAUGCAAAGAAUGUGAAGAGUAUGAAGAAAAAAAUUUUACAGAAUUUAUACAGAAUUUUGUAAAGGUUAUACAGAAGGAAUGCAAACACUGA